UUCAGAUGUAAAAAUGUCUAAAAUCAACAAAAUUGGCUAAAAAUGACUAUCGUCAUUAAAGAAUGUCCCGUGUUGGAUAUUUUUAUAACUCAAGCGUAUAGAUGAAGUUUCAUCCGGAGUGGAUAGUUUGGAUCUUGGCGUGCAUUUCCUUCGUACUGUGUCAAGAUGGCAUCGACAUCGUUGAUGCAACCAAGAGUUCCUUACUAUCAGAAGUUUCAAAACUGCGAGAUUUUGAAGCUACUUCGUCUCAAAGACCGACCUUAACAGCCAGAGAAGAGCAAAUCGAAGAUGAAUUAAUUAAUAGUGCUACAACAACAGAGACAUUAUUGGAAAAACGCAAGUUUACGAUUAGACCUUUGAUAGAAAAUGAAGGACACCGAGAAAUCGUUACCAAUUUUGACCGAUUCGAUGGAACCGGUCCGACAACUACGAGAAGUGUUAGUAGUACUUCAAUAAACAAAAACAAAGUUUCAUUUUCUUCGACUUUCAAAAAAUAUGAUGGGCCUGAAAAUGUAACUAAUGUUGAUAAUGUUAAUUUUACUACAUCUUUUGAUGGCCUUACAAAAAAAUCAACUACCGAUAAUGGAGAGAGAAAAACUAGACAACGUUUAGAUGGAUUUAAAGGUGUUACGACAAAUAGGGGGAAAACGAGAUUUCAGAAUGAACAAACCACUUCGGAAAUUCCAGACCUUCUAGCUACGUUACGUCAUAAAAAACCGAUUAGAGUUAAGCCAAUUGAGCAAAUCAUAAAAGAAGAUGUUGUUUCUGCUUUGAAUGCAGACGAUUUGGUUGAUACUACUACGGUUAUACAGGAUACUACUGAAGUUGAACAACAAAGACCCAAAUUCAAAAAACCACCACUUAUAGCGACUCACCAUCCCAAUUUUGGAACUUCAACUGAAACUUCUCGUAGACCAGCUAUUAGAUCAAAUUUGAAUUUAAAACAAAAAAUAUCUUCUUCUACAAUUAAAACAAGACCACCUGAGUCUGAUGCGACAGAGUCUGACAAUACAUCUGGCAAUAAAUCACUCGAUAUUAUCUCAUCUAAUGUACAAUCAAAUAAAAUUAGACCGGUUAAAGUGAUUACGCCAAAAGGGACCACAACUGUUCAACAACCUAUUCCACCUACUGCUACGGCAUGGGCUUUAGCAUCUUUAAAAGCACCAAACAACACAAAUAAAUUAUUUAGAAAACCUGCAAAUGUAACAAAUGCUCAAGAACAAAUUGCUAAAAUCAAACCAUUCAUUACAUGGUCUACGAGAUUGCAAAAAAUUAAUGAGGAAAAUUCAAAUACUACUUCUAUUUCAAAUAAUACUGUAGUAACCGAAUCAAAAGAAUUUACUACAGGAAUACCAGUACAAAAUAUGUCGUCUAUUAAUGAUUCUAGUACUGCCAAUAGAUUAACACCACAAAUAACUUCGACAGAAUCAUUAUUACAAAUAAUAUCAACAUCGCCAAAAAAUCAUGUGCCACAAGGGAUCGAUUCUACUGCGACUAUUGUGGGUGGAGAUACUGAUCAAAAUAAGUAUGAAGUUUAUGGAUCUCUAAAACCCGAUGUUGAAAACGCAAAAACUGUUAUUGAAACAUUACGUCCCUCGUCGUCUACAACACCUUCGGAAUCGCAAAGUUCAAAUCUGUUAUUAGUAACAUCUUAUAAAUCAAUUCUAGAAAACAAUAAUACUUCAGGUAUCCAACAAAAUGUAUUUACUUCGUCUGAAAAUCCUAUAAUGGAAAAUAUAUUGAAAAAAGAGAUUAUAAAAGAUAAUCUUCUAACAAUGACGACAAACCAACCUAGUAUUGUUCAACUCAGUGAAGAAGUACCAAUCACCGGAAGUGCAGAAGACCAUACAAUGCCAAUCGUGUCAACUUCAACCGAAAUGAUUAGUAAAAUACCAGGACUGUUAUUUGACUAUUCAGAAUAUCAUGAUGUAAAUAAAGAACCAACAAUAACAACAACUGGAGUUCAACCAAGUAGUUCAGAUGUAACAUUUUCAUUUUCUCAUGAUAUUGAUUUGAGUAAUCGAAAUCAUUCAACUACUACUGAACAGUACAUAGAAAGUAUUAAAACUAAGUUGGAUGGCAAAAUUACAAAAUCUACGAAUACUCACGAUUCACUGGAAAUUGACGAUUUUACUCAUAUGUUUUCAUUAAAUCGUCCGAUUUCCAGUUCUAGUGAUGGAACUAAAAUUGUACCACCAAUCUCAGAAAAAACUAUAUCGGAAUUACCCUUACCAACCAAUGAAAUAUCAAAUACGUCUCAAGUAUACAGUUGGUCUAAUGGCCCAGAUACGUUUUUUACAGACUUCGAUUCUAAUUCAACGGACAGUCAUGAUAAUACAGAUGAUGGCCAAAAAACUUUUGAAUCUUCUUCGCAGAGCUCCAUAGCAGUUAAUGAGCUAACUUCAGAAUCUGAUAUUUCUGAAAACGAUGUUCCUAUAAUCAUUACUAGUUCAUCAACUACAACAACAUCGACCUUGCCUACUACAACAACUACAACAAUAAUUCUAAAACCAACAAUGAGAACAACAACAACUUCGACCACUCCAAUACCAAUAUCAACAACAACUUCGACCACUCCGAUACCAAUAACAACUACAACAACUUCGACCACUCCGAUACCAAUAACAACUACAACAACUUCGACCACUCCGAUACCAAUAACAACUACAACUACUUUGAGACCAUCAUCUACAACAACUACAAUCACCCAAAAACCAACUACUACGACCACCAUAAGUCCCUCAACAACCACUACAACUACCCCCAGACUUACAACAACAACAACUACUACCUCGACUACUCCAAUACCAGAAAUAACAACAGCUACCCAAAAACCAACAGCUACGAAUAACCCGAUACUUAUAACAACAACUACCAAUAAGCCAAAUCCAAUUACUUCAAGACCAAAACCAGCAGUGGUUGACUUAACUUCGACUACUUUAGAACCAAAUAUACCAGCCGUUCAAUCAUUCUUAAAAGUUAUAGUUAAUUCAACUAUGAAAAAUAUAUGUGGGAGUGAAGACGAACUGAAAGAUGCUAUCAUCAAACUUUUUGAAAGUGGAACAGAGAGCGUGCGUACGAAAAAUCAAAUUCGGUUUCUAAAUGUUAACGAAAGAAAAUGCUUAGAUCCUAAUGAUGAAAAAAGUCCGGUGAGCGUGGAGUUCUAUUUAGUUAACGAUGAUGGAAAUUUUAACGCUUACAUAAACGAAGAAUUUAUUAAUUUAUUGGACAAGCAUGAAUUUGACUACAAAUUAAACGUGAUAGGAGUUGAGUUAAUGCAACGAAUUAUAGAAAAUGUUAAUAAUAAUGAAAAAGAGACACAAAAUUCCAGAGUGAAGGCUGCUAUUUAUCUAUCAUGCAUAGCUGGAAUUUGCUCUGUUCUUGUAUUUAUUUUGUUAGUUGUUCGAAAACGUCAAAAACGAUUUAACUAUGGCCAAAGGUGUACUCCAGUAUCAUUGGACGACUAUAGCAUGGAUAAUAUAUCGGUAUAUAACAGCGUCAGAAGAAAAGGCGUAUUAAGGGCAUCAAAACGAUCUUAUGGAAAUCCUGCCUUUGACGACUCAUCUGCUGUCUCGCACUCGUUGAAUUUCGGUGGCUUAAUAAGCUUCUCGGAAGAUCGUCCGGCAAUAGACGAGGAGUUUUCCAACAUACCAGUAAUUACAGUCAAACCAGAUGAAUUGCCACCUGGUGCCGAAACUAAGAACCGUUAUGCCAAUGUUAUACCUAUGCCAGAAACGAGAGUUAUGCUUAAUCCACGAGGUUCUGGACAUAAUUCUGAUUACAUUAAUGCCAACUUUGUCAAAGGUUACAAAGGUGCCGAUAAGUUUUAUAUCGCUUGUCAAGCACCUAUGCAAUCUACUCUGCCUGAUUUCUGGCAAAUGAUCUGGGAACAAAAUACUAGAGUAAUCAUGAUGGUUACAAGUUUGACUGAGAAAGGAGUGGAACGAUGUGCUGAUUAUUUGCCACCUUCUGAAGUAGUAGAUUGUCAUCGGUUAUUUGGUGAUUAUCAAGUAACAUUGAAGAAGCGUGAAGUCAAAGAUAAGUUAAUCAUAUCAAAUUUGCAGCUAAAGAACUUGGAGACAAAUCUGUGGAGGGACGUGACUCACCUAUGGUACGGUGGAUGGCCAGUGCAGGGUGUUCCGUCUGAUCCGGGUACAAUAUUAGCAUUCCUGAUGGAAGCCAGGUCGCACAUGAAGACUAACAGUGGUCCGCAUGUGGUGCAUUGCAGUCCUGGCACGGGAAGGACGGGCACACUGAUAGCUUGUGACAUAGCCAUCAGGGAAUUCGAGUUGUCGCGUAGUGUCGACGUACCCAAAACGGUGUACGCGAUUCGUCGUUGUAGGGCUGGAGCGGUUCAGACCCGGGACCAAUACGCUCUGAUCUAUAAGGUGAUAAAUUUGUACGCAAGUAAACUCUCAGGAGGUGUAUUGGAUUCCAUAUAAUGACCUCGUACUCAUCGUAUAAUAUCAUGUUUAUAUAAAUUAUAUUGUUAGUUAUUUCAUAAUAUUAUCAUACCUUUUAUAACUAUUAGUGAAUAUUGUAUAGUAUGGUGUCUCUCUUUUGUACGAUAUAAAAUUAUAAGUUUAUGUGUUACUUUUUGAACAAAAAAUUAUUGUAAGUCUAGGACAAUGUCCGAGUUCAAGCAGCGAUUCUGUGAUAAGAAAUUAUAGUUCAUGAUUAAUUGUACUAAAAAAUUAAUCACUGAUAUAAGACACUUUGAAAAAGACAGUUAAAUUUAAACAAUUGAAGACUUUAUAUUCUUUUAUAAUUAUAUUUUUUUAGUACUACCUGCAUCUAGGUGUACAAAAUACUUUGUUUUUAUAAAUGCAGUCAUGUUUUUCAUACGAAUUCUUGCAAAAUGAUUAAUCUAUGAAGUUUUAAUAUUUUAAAUUGAUCAUGAAUAUUUUUUUUAUUCAUUCAAACUUGUAUAUUAUAAUUGUUAUUAUAAUCUGAAGGUGUUUCUUUGAACUAUGUUGACACCAUACAUCGCAUAAGUUAUUAUAGUUUUUAUUAUGAUUAUAACCGUUGGCUAGUUUUUCAUGGCAAUUUUAUAAUAAUCUAUGUGUAUUGUGUUUGUUUUCUAUUUGUAUAGAACAAUAAUGAAAGUUCCUCUUUACAUAUUUACUUUCGCAUUGUCGGUAUUUAUACAAAUAUAUCUACUAUUGUAUAGUAAUAAGUCGAAUAUGCGCCUAAUUAUAAUAUUAUAUACCACAUACAUAAAUAUUUAUAUAAAAUACUUAAUAUAUUAUUUAUAUGUUUUAAAUUAUCAUGUCCUUUGUAUGACAGUUCUUUCUAUGUACAAUAAUAGCGUAUCGUUAUGGGAUGAUCUUCCCGGAGAUUUGUGUUUCAAACACUGGUGAGAAUAACAGAUGUAUAAGAUAUAUGACAUAGUCUAUGUCACCGGAGAAUGGCGUAAAUAUUUUACGGCUCAACGAUCAUAAAUCAGAAGGUUUUUGCUUGACUUCCUAUGUGACACGAGUUUGUCGAAUUUGUCGGCACGGUUGUCGCAUUCGUUAAAUUUUUCCAUAAUAACGAAACAGUUAAUAUCCGUUAGAAUUACAUGUGUCGUACUAUGUUGACGUUAAAUAUUUUUGUCAAUUACUUCUGUAUAUUAUAUUCUUUUUCUUCUCGUUCUUCUCGUGAAUUUAGUAAGCAAAAAUGUGUUCAUUGGUCGCUCGUUGAAUACAAAUGUUACGAGAAAUAUAUUGUUUUUAAUAUUUUUGUUUAUUUUA